AUGAAGAUUUUCUCUACACAACACACAUUUGCCUAUGACUGGGAACAUGUUUCCUGUGCAAACUGGAAGAAAUACCCUAACGAAAUGUCUACUCAUGUGGUGGCAGUCGAUGUUCUUCGUCGCGAAAUCGAUUCCACAACGGGCGUUCUGCGAACUGAAAGAUUGAUUACUUGUAAACAGGCCAUUCCUUCUUGGGUUCUAGCCCUUGUUGGUGGCACUGAUGUGUCAUAUGUUCGAGAGGUGUCUGAAGUGGACCCUAAAUCAAGAAGCUUGACCCUGCGUUCGGUCAACCUGACCAUGAAUCAACUGCUCACUGUCUACGAAACUGUGAACUAUACUCCAGAUCCAGCCAAUCCUAAACAAGCCACUUUGUUCAAUCAAGAGGCACAAAUCACAGCCUAUGCUUCGUUCCGCCGACUGUGUAGCAAGAUCGAGGAUUGGACUGUGGACAGAUUUGGCCAAAACGCCGCCCUUGGAAAGAAGGGGUUUGAGAGUGUAUUGUCACAGGUCGCUCAAAAGGUUCAAGACGGCGUGUUCCGCGAGAACCUAGCCAAGUCUGCCUAA